AUGGCCCAUCUCAUUCACACACACCUGGACGAAGUAAACACCCCAGGUCCCCGCCCAAUAUCAUCAACACCAUCACCAGACGCAUUUACUUCCGAUAAAGAAAAUCGUCAGCGGGGAAUCAAUAAGAGAACUACAACUGCGAUGCCACCGCGUUCACAGAGUAAAAGACGGCGACUGGCCGACCGCCCCCCGAAUGCCCAGUCUGCGAAAUCCACUCAGUCUUCUCGUUCCGCACACUCUGCUCGGUCUGCUCAGUCUAUGCGAUCUGCGCAGUCGCAAGCAUCAUCUCAACGAACCAGCAGCGACACACGAUACUAUGAUCCUGACCAGGAUCCGGAAGAACGGAGAAGUGUACGAAGAGGUCUGCGAGAUCUGGGCAGGGAACUGAACGACACACGAGGGGAGCUCAUGCAGCCUGGAAACGAUGGUAUCCUCAACAUCGUCGAACAAGCGAAUCAAUUCUACGCCAAAGUGAAGCAGACCGCCGAUGCCACGCUGGACUCGCGCAUUCUGGUCAACACCGCCGAUUUAACACAUAAGAAAGCUACCCAGCUCGCUCUCGGUGACACCUCUGCCGGUAUCGAUGUAGACGAGUUUGUAUCUAGGUGUGUAUCGUUCAUGCGUCGCGGACCAAACAAUGCGACAGCUUCAACAAACGGGACACAGGGACGCCGAGGGCACCCUGGUCGAAGCCAAAGAGAUCCCGAUGGCAGUGAUGAAGAUGAUGGCGAUGCGAUGAACUGGGAUACACUUGGCCGAUCGGCCUGCUUCCCUAGCAAUGCUCGUCCGGCUGUGUCUGGAUGGUUGCUUGGGCCGUUAUCAGUACAGAAGCGUACGCGCCAAACGACGCAGCGAAGAGUAGCAGAGCGUAUUGAUCCGACGCAAGCCGUCGCGCCCCGAGAAAUGGCGCAGCACGAUCUUGGCCAGCAGGACAGCACAAACCUGACCCAGAUCUGUUCGGAGAUCAAUAAGCUGCUCGCCAAUAACCAGCGUGAACGUCAGGAGGAGGCCGAGAAAGAACUUGAACUCCAAACAAAUCUCACCCCAGCGCAAGCGCAAGAAAUCAUGGAUAAGCACAGCGUGGCGGACGAUGGGGGAAUCCCCUUGUUUCGCUUCUGCAUCAACCCUAGGUCUUUUGGGCAAAGCGUGGAGAACUUAUUCUACGUGAGUUUUCUUGUGCGAGACGGCACAGUGGGUGUAUCAGUGGAUAGUCGCGACUUGCCGACCCUGCAUGCGUCUGCGCCAUUCGCCCCCAGUGAAGCCCAAAAAAAGGGCGUGCAAAAACACCAGGCAGUCUUUAGCCUGGACCACGAGACGUGGCACGAAAUUAUCGACGUUUUUAACAUUAAGGAUUCCAUCAUCCCCCACCGUGAAGAGAAACAGCAAGAGACUGGCACAAGUUGGUAUGCCUAA